AUGGCGGCCGUUGUCGUGGCGACGGGAGGAGGAAGUGCAGAGGGUGCUCCGAGGCCAAUCACCACACAGCACAGUGACUCCAGCCAAUCACCACGCAGCACAGUGACUCCAGCCAAUCACCACGCAGCACAGCGACUCCAGCCAAUCACCACGCAGCACAGCGACUCCAGCCAAUCACCACGCAGCACAGCGACUCCAGCCAAUCACCACGCAGCACAGAGACUCCAGCCAAUCACCAUGCAGCACAGAGACUCCAGCCAAUCCCCAUGCAGCACAGAGACUCCAGCCAAUCACCACGCAGCACAGCGACUCCAGCCAAUCACCACACAGCACAGUGACUCCAGCCAAUCACCAUGCAGCACAGAGACUCCAGCCAAUCACCACGCAGCACAGCGACUCCAGCCAAUCACCACGCAGCACAGAGACUCCAGCCAAUCACCACACAGCACAGUGACUCCAGCCAAUCACCAUGCAGCACAGCGACUCCAGCCAAUCACCACGCAGCACAGAGACUCCAGCCAAUCACCACGCAGCACAGAGACUCCAGCCAAUCACCACACGGCACAGUGA